ACCACACGUCUUCAACAAGUCAAGUCAAAUACCAGACUCAUUGAGAACAUCAGUUGCAAUGGUGCAGAUCAAAUUCCUGUUUGCUUUCCUGGCUAUAACGACCAUCGUCCUAAUGGUGGCCAACACAGCUUCGGCCCGUGAUUGCCUAUCUGGAAGUUUCAGUGGUCCUUGCUGGGCCUGGAGUGGAGAGCAGUGCCGUCGCCUCUGCACGGAGGAAGGACGUGUCAGUGGACACUGCAGUGCCGGCCUGCAGUGCUGGUGCGAAGGAUGCUGAAUGCACUGCAUUUCAAAAGUGUAUUCUCUAUAUUGCAUUACGAGCACAUAUGUGUAAUAAAUAUGCUGUUUAGUCUAUCACAAAUA